CCUCCUUCUCACUGCUCCCCCUGCCCAGUUGCUCCUCCCACCUGGCCAUGACCACAGCCCCUGCUGGGACCCUGGCCCAGCUCUGAGUCCCGGGACCCUUGGUCCCCUCCCCCAGGCCAUGGCCAACUCAGGCCUCCAGCUCCUGGGCUACUUCUUGGCCCUGGGUGGCUGGGUGGGCAUCAUUGCUAGCACAGCCCUGCCGCAGUGGAAGCAGUCUUCCUACGCAGGCGACGCCAUCAUCACCGCCGUGGGCCUCUAUGAAGGGCUCUGGAUGUCCUGCGCCUCCCAGAGCACCGGGCAAGUGCAGUGCAAGCUCUACGACUCGCUGCUCGCCCUGGACGGUCACAUCCAAUCAGCACGGGCCCUGAUGGUGGUGGCUGUGCUCCUGGGCUUCGUGGCCAUGGUCCUCAGCGUAGUUGGCAUGAAGUGCACACGGGUGGGAGACAGCAACCCCAUUGCCAAGGGCCGUGUCGCCAUCGCCGGGGGAGCCCUCUUCAUCCUGGCAGGUAUGAAUUUGGCCCAGCCCUGUUUGUGGGCUGGGCCUCAGCUGGCCUGGCCGUGCUGGGGGGCUCCUUCCUCUGCUGCACGUGCCCGGAGCCAGAGAGACCCAACAGCAGCCCGCAGCCCUAUCGGCCUGGACCCUCUGCUGCUGCCCGAGAGUACGUCUGAGCUCCUCCUGCCCUGGCCAGCCCCCCACCCGGUGGCCCCCUCGUCCAGCAUCCAGCCAGCCUCGCAGCACCCUGGGCAGGGCCACUGGGACAUAGGAUGGGCAUAGGUGCUCUGAGUAGCUUAUCCUCAACGCAAGCACCCACCUUGCAAUCCGAGACCCAGAUCCUCAGAGAGACCAGAGGCAGGACCCAGCCCCCAGGCACACACACGGAUGCAGGUCCAGUCACGGUCCUGUCUGCACAGCCUGGUGGGCACCAGCAUGCAUCCCUGGAGACAGGCCCUCAGGCACCAGCCCGGCUGUUUACUCACUGAAGAGCCGCGAGGGUGUCUGCUAUGUGCUGGGCCCUGGAGUUACAGCAGUGGCCAAGAAGUACCUUAGUACCCGGGUCCUUGGGGUGAGCAGAAACCUUCACCCUCCCCAGUCCCAUGGGCUCCUCACAGCAACCCCACAAGGGCAGUGCCGGGAUGCUGAACGUUCACACGAGGACAGGGAGGGUCUGAGUUUAGGUCUCAGGUUCUUCCAGUGCACCCAGGGCUGGGGGCUACCCACACAGAUGGCUAGGUCGGACCACGGCACCCCCGCCCCCGGGCAUGGGCCCCAGGCAGGGCUGCUGUGAGGGCCAAGGUCUCGCCAUGCUGGCCAGUACCCAUGUCCGGGCCUGAAUGCACAGCCCCUGUCCCCGACCCCACAGCUCACUCCACUAACCAGCUCUCUCUCUUUUGACUUUCAGACCAGUUGUUAAAUUGCCCGCCUCCGCCAAGGGCCCCCUGGGUGUGUAAUGUCCAGUCCCCAGCCAGGCUCUGUCCCCUGCCAUACCUAGACUCUGUGUUUCAUAUUUUUUGGAAAGAGAAGUGAACAUCCAGCCCCAA